CGCUCGCCCGCCGAGCGCAGCCGCCGCGGCGGGAGGGCCCGACGUGCCGCACCAUGGGCAGCCAGGGCUCCAAGGCGGCGGCCGCCAACGCUACCGAGCCCGCUAAGGCCAACGGGCAGGAGAACGGCCACGUGAGGCUCAAUGGGGACAUGACACCCAAGAUGCCCCCCCUGAACGGGAACGGCUCGGCUGAACCCCUGAAGGAGGAGAGCAAGGACCAGGCGGGUGGUGAGGAUGCCAUCGAGCCCGCUCCCCCCGCCGAAGGGGGGGACGCCAAACCCGAAGGUGCCGCAGCCCCCAAGGACACCCCCAAGAAGAAGAAGAAGUUCUCGUUCAAGAAAUCCUUCAAGCUGAGCGGGAUCUCGUUUCGGAAGAACAAGAAAGAAGCUGGGGACUCCUCUGGGUCCUCUCCCACAGAGGACCAGCAAGGCAAGGGGGAGGAGACCCCAGCUUGCUCGGCCAGCGGGACGGAGCCGUCGGCUCCCCCCGAGGAGGGGACAGCAGAGGAGCAGGGCAGCCCCCCGGAGAGCAGCCGGGCUGCGGAGGGGCAGCAGGGAGCUGAGCCCAAGGGGGAGGAUGUGGAAGCAGGGGGGAGCAAGGAGGAAGAGAAGCAGCAGCAGCAGCAGGGGGAAAGCCACGGGGAUACAGCCAAACCAGAGGAGCCCUCCAAACCCGCGGGGCCUGAGGCCACAACAGCUCUGGAGCAGAAGGAAGAGUAGAGCCCACCUGGCAUCGUCCUCACUUUGAGACUCUUACACCAUCCUCUCCAUCCCAUAAUCCCACAGACUCUGCCAUGCCCACACACCACCCCAGCCCACCUAGAACUGACACCACCUUCUAAAACCAACCCCACCUGCCCCCCCCCCAUCAAGUUACUUCUUCCCCCACCCCUGUUAGGAAGCUGGUUUGGAUUCCCACCACCACCAUUUGGAGUCGUUUUACCCGAAUCCUUUCAAACCGUGGAGGAAGACUGUCCUGGACAUAACUGGAAUUUACAGUUCAUGAGAACCCAGAUCUCCCAUCCCACUCUGGUCUCUGCUGGUCUCCUGACUGUCCCCUCUCCUCCCAGCAGCCUUCAAAGCCCAACAAGCCAGUGACUGUUCAAUGGAUUCUUUUCUUUUUUUCCCCCCCCUCAGUUUACAUUCCUGGUUCUGACUUUCAUUUGAAGUCUUUUGUGCUUUUUAUAGAAAUCAAUGGUUUAAAAGCUAAUCUGGUUAGGAUUUUGUUUUAAUAAUGUCUCACUCUUGGCUUGAAACCAUAAAGCUUGUAAGUCCGCUGUGUUUAAUUCUGCUUCUGAGGGUUAACUUUUAGGGUGUGGGGUGGAGGGAGGGGGCCUGCCAGCUGUAUAAUGUGAAGCAACAUUUGUUUUCUCUGUAAAUAAUUUUUUUAAUGGCCAAAACACUUGAUUUGCAAUUUUCUAACUUCUAAAAAAAAAAAAAAGGGAAGAAAAAAAAAAAAAGAGCUGUAUGGGCUUUAUUGUAACAUUUGAAAGGAAUAAAUGGUGACCCCUUCA